UUAACGAUCUAAUGUUAAUCCUCCACGAUUCAAUCACGCGCCUCCGUCUGCACAGAUGUUGCCAGAUGGGGUCUAUAUGAUCAUUCUUUUCGGAAUUUUCUUUUUCAACCUAAAUUCACCUUUCUUUUCACAUUGUAACUCGUUCCCUUACCUUCAUAUAUUCGUACUAAUUAUUGAAGAAUAGAGAACUCUUCUCUAUUCUCAACAUCGAAUUUACCACUUUCCAUUUUUACAUAUUUCACCGUUCUUUUUGCACCCCCCACGCCAUGCUGGAAAACUCUUCAUCGGCUAAUACUGCGGAUCCCGUUCAGAACCGCCCAGUUGAGGACGGAGACGGGAGCGGGCCUGACUCCAAUGGCCUCCAAGACCAAAGAGGGCUCGCAGGCCCGGCAGCUGACCUGAAUUCCGCCGGUCAGCGGUGGCCUCGGGAAGAGACGCUGGCUUUGCUCAAAAUAAGGUCUGAGAUGGACAUUGCUUUCAGGGACAUAAGCCCCAAAGGUCCUCUCUGGCAACAGGUUUCGAGGAGGUUGGAAGAGCUAGGAUACCACAGGAGUGCAAAGAAAUGUAAGGAGAAGUUCGAGAACGUUUACAAGUACCACAGAAGGACCAAGGAAGGCCGUUAUGGCCAACCCAGCCGCAAGACUUAUCGUUUCUUUGAGCAGCUAGAAGCUCUUGAUGCCCACCUGCUCCUUCCACCUCCAAGUUCAACAGAAAAGGAUCACAUGCCACAUACGACGACCCCACUGGAUGUUGUUCACCAUGCCGUGCCCUGCUCUACUCGAUUCCCUGGUGCAAAUAGCAAUUCCAUCACUUCCUCUUCCAAUGAAGAAUGUGGGGAAGCUACGCCCAGAAAGAAGAGUAGGCUGACCAAGUUUUUCCGGGGCUUGAUGAAGGAAGUAAUAGAGAAGCAGGAGACUCUACAGAUGAAAUUGAUGAAGGUGUUGGAAAAAUGUGAGCAGGAUCGAAUAGCGAGGGAGGAAGCGUGGAGGACGCAAGAAUUAGCUCGGCUUAACAGAGAGCACGAGCUUUUGGCUCAAGAAAGAUCUGUAGCGGCAGCCAAGGAUGCCGCCUUGCUUGCGUUUCUCAAGAAGAUAACAGAACAAUCAGCAUGCCCGGUGCAACUGCCGGAGGAUAUUCCGUUUGAUCGGAUCCUGAUUCCAGACGAUGUGGACAACGACAAACAAGAAAUUGUCAAUGGAGGUUGUACUGUUAGCUUCACGGAUAAGCAAGAAUUGGCGAGUGUUGGGAAUUUCAUACAGAUGAGCUCCUCCCGCUGGCCCAAAGAAGAAGUGGAAGCUCUGAUUAGAUUGAGGACAAACCUGGAUGUGGAAUAUGAAGGAAAUAAUGGGCCUAAGGGACCCCUGUGGGAAGAAAUAUCCGUGGAAAUGAAAAGGCUCGGGUACGAUCGCAGUGCCAAGAGAUGCAAAGAGAAAUGGGAGAACAUAAACAAAUACUUUAAGAGGAUGAAGCAGAAAAAUAAGAGAAAGCCUGAGGAUUCAAAGACGUGCCCAUAUUUUCACCAGCUAGAUGCUCUAUAUAGUAAGAAACCUAGGAAGGCCCAAGGAUCAGCUGCUUCUGGGAACGAGUCGAGGCCGGAGGAGCUAUUGAUGCAUAUUAUGAGCAGUCAAGAAGAGCGACAAUCAUCUGAAGAUGCCGACAGCAAGAAGACGAAUCAGAUUGAAGGAGAUAAGGAACGUGUGGAUCAGAUGGUAGACAAUAGUACUUCAACCGCAAUCAUGGGUUGAAAAGGCCCUCUGCAUAAUUUUAAACCAAUUCUCCUGUCAGGGCCAUCGUGGGUUCUUAUAGAUUUCAAGUGAUUAUCAGACGUGGGUCAUCAUGAUCAUGAACUAGGCUAACUAGACCUGAACAAGGGUUAUAUUCUGGCUUCAGAGCGUCCUCCGUCUAGAUAUACGUCAUCUUUUUGUUAGAGUAUAUACGAGUCAAUCUCAUCGGUGCUGCCUAGGCUCGUCAAAUUUUCUUCGUCAUUUUUGUUCCAUGAAUACAGUGCACAUAACACAUACAUGCAGAGAGUUUUGUCUAAGCGCCCAAAAUUAAAAAAAAAAAAAAUCAUCGGGUUUGUUAA